AUGCAGUCGAUGACGAGCUCGCUCCUUCACAACAGUAGUCUUGGCAAUAGCAGCAUCUGGCGCUGGACCCCGCGUGCGGAUACCGAUGAACCUUGGCAUACUCUCCUUGCGGUUGCAAGUGGGGCUACCCUCGGAGCCCUGACGGCGAGAGCGUUCAAUUCCAUUGUUAGCUGGUCGCCGUCCUGGCAUGGGACUAGGGCCUCCAAGGAAUCAACAGCUCCUUCGAGCAGCAGGCGGGAGUUUACUAGCCCCCAAAUCAAGGGACAAGCUUAUGUGCAGAAUGAUCCUCACGAGGGCAAUACCAACACCAGCAUUGUCGGCGGAGGAUCUCACAGCCGGCUUGAAAGCACGUUUGACACCACGGGUAGCGACGGUCAAAGGAAAGCUACUCUCGCUAAGACGUCAGACGCCGGCGAGCGAGUCAGUGAGCCGGACAUAGCAUUGAGCACAGAGGAGCGAGGCACCUCGCGAAAGUUGCAGGCCGAUCAGUCGACUUCUAAUCCUCCCCUCAUUGAUGCCAUCGUACCAAAGAGAAGAUCACCAUUCAUAGAGGAUCCCUGUAAGACCCCUGCACGACGGAUGACGUGGAUCCGGCUGCCUUGUGCCUCCCCAAGCUCCUUGGAGCUCUGUCAUAUUGAAUGCCCCGUCCUCCUUUCACGGCAAUCCUGGGAUCCAGUGGCUUUGGCCGUUGGUGCUACGGCGGUGUAUUAUGGGCUCAGCAAAGCUAGUGAAUGGUGUGAGACUCUGAUGAGGCCGAGGUUCGGUAAUGACUAUACCAACUGGUCGAACACUCGCUACGAAGGCAAUACUCAAACCGAUGAGCUGAGGCGCCACAACAAAUCCCGCGUAUAUGCGAGGGAUUAUGAUUCAGCGUCCAGUACCGAUUCUUGGGAUCGCAAUGGGCGACGAAAGGAUCAUUUCGGGACAACGGAUCCCCUGACCGCCCAGGAUGACACGGGUCCAAGGUCGGGGAGCCGUCGCCGAAGUGCCCUCAUGACAACCAGGAAUGAUCGCUGGUUUGCGGGUCAAGAUGAAGGCGCACAUGAACGGACGACCGAGGAUCUGUCGGACGGGAAACACGUAGCCUUCUCAUUUGAAACCAAAUCAGGGAAUCUCACCGCUGGAGACGACAAACAGUCGCACCAAGGCUUAGAGACGAGAGAACUCAACACCACACUGGACGAACCGACCCUCCAGAAAAUCGUCCCGACUCAGCUUUCGAUCGGAAAAGAUGACGAAGUCAUUCCGAGCCCUGAGGAUGGUCGCCAGAGUCAGGAAAACGAAACUCGUCUUGCUGGCGGUGGAUACGGCGAGCUGGGCAUCAGUCAGAUCGGACCCAGUUCUGGAUAUGUCUCUGAGGCGGAUACCGCUUCGGGCCCCAACGACACAGUCAAUGACCACAGAAAGCUCGAAACUCAGAAAGAGGAUCUCUGUCCCGCUGCGGAUGAACAAGUUCAUGACGCCACCGAUCCAUCCUCGAUAAGAUCUGUUACGACGAACGGAUGAGAUGUCGAUCCCGUCCGCGGGAUGGUCUUGGCCGACUUUAGACUCACAUGAGAGGGCGAACGUCAUCUACAUAGAGGCAGUCCAUCUUAAGCUAGAUCGAUGCAUUUCCUCUUUCUUUCCUUGUGACAUGAUCGAUGUGCGAAUCAGAUGACUGCGAGGAGCUCGAGCAAGGAGAAAUCGUUGUUGUCCACCUGUCAUUGAAUCUGCUUCGACAU